CCAGGAUCAUCAAAAGGAAAAAUUAGAUGUGAUUUUACAUUUGCAAAGCCAGUGUUAACAACAUUGGAAUCAGUUUUUUGCAAGAAUAGUAACGUUUCAGCAGAAAAACAGCAAUGGAUGCAAAUCGGAUCGAACCCAAAUCGAAUCCUGCUAAUGUUAAGUCGAAAAGAAGAGAUCCAAACAAACCAUUUUAUCCGAGAAAAUCUACAAGCAAUACGGAUAGAAAGCGCAUUGUGAAGGCAUAUUUGAAUGGUGCCUUGGCAAAAAACAUUAGCGACAUGCUCGGCGUCAAACUAAGCACUGUUUAUGGUAUCGUGAAGCAUUAUAGGAGAACGGGACGAGUCGUAGCAUCUGAGCGUGGUGGCAACCACAAAAAAUUAUUAUCCGACGAUGCGGUAAACAGCAUCCGAAAUUGGCUGGAGGAAGAUUGUACCCAGUCGCUACAGCAACUGACCGACAAAGUGUGGGAUCAGUAUCACGUACGCGUGAGUAAAACGACAGUUGCGCGUGAGAUUAAAACACUGAGAGCCACAUUGAAACGCCGGAUGCUUAUUCAGGAAGCAGCCAAAUUUAAGGAUUUUGAAACUACUGACUCAAUGGAAGCAUCACAGAGCGCCGACGAUUCUGUCGCAGCAAACGAAUAUGCAGUAUUUUUCAAAGAGGAGUACCUCAGUUCCAGCGACGUCGAUGAACAAUGUUCGGACGGUAUCGACAUUGGAGAAACCGUGCUUACGCACACCAGCGGUUGGGAGCAAAUUGUUGAACCAAUCAAAUCUGAAGACGAUGUAGCAGCUGUAAAUAACAUAAACGAAUCAUAUUCAACUGAGCACGAACCAAUUCUGGAUAAGGACAUAAGUGCAGAAGAGCUAUUGAAUCCAAUUGCCGCUAAUCAACCUAACGUCAAGCACAUCGCCACUCAUUUAUCAAGCAAGCAACAGCCAACCGCCAAUGAAUCGCACCUUCAAGUCAGCGCUAAAACCACAGAAACAUGUACUUUUACCAUGCAAAUGUUAGAUGAACCACAAAUAAUGAAAACGGUAACCGUAUCCAUGCCCAAGAUUCAGUCGGCAACUGACCACUCGAUCGAAAGUCCAGUAAAAGUAGAAAAGGCACCAGAUACAUGCACACACUGCACUUGUUUCCACCAGCUUGUAGCCGAGCAAAAGAAGAUGAUUGCCAUAAUGUCCACCUUCGAACAAAAAAUUGUUGACGGAAUCCAGCAGGUGCAAGAAACUUUGAUGAACAAGCUCAAAGAUAUUGAGCAUAGUGUGAAAGAUAAAAAACAAUGAUCAAUCUCGACUAAGAUACUGUAGCAAAGAAGCGCUUAAACUUAGGGAAUGAUCCGAUUAUUUAGUCGACUUUCGAUGAACACUAUG